GCUGGUAGUUCAAAUCCUCCAAGCUCUGGGCUUCACCAGUGAAAAUGGUGACCGAGUUGCGCGAGCCAAAGCCUUUGUCGCCGUCACGGUGUUGUGGGUCAUCCUGCCCGGACUGGUGUACGUUGUCCGCCAGCACAGUUCAAAUUUCGGCGCAGCCAUGAAGUCAUUCGAAGAAGUUGUCCUGAUCGCGAAAGUUGUUCUCCACGCGUCGAAAACGAUUCGUAACCGAGUUGAGUUGGAGCAAAUUUACAAAGAUUUGGAGGAGGCGCUAGGGAGGACUUGUGAUAAAUUGAACGGGGAAAUUCAGAGAAAGAUGGCCGUGUUGGAACGAAGACUGAAUUUUAUGUUGAAUGUAUAUUUAAGAUUUGAGAUGUUUGCUAUCGUUGGAUAUUGCCUGCUGCCUCCAACGGUUUUCAUAAUUCGCUAUUUGAUUGAAACAGAUCAACUUCUUGAUUUUCCAAAUACAUCCUUUGAAGCAGAGUAUGUGAUAAAUUUCCCAAUUCUUCUAAUAAUUAUUUUUUUAAACAAAUUUUCAGUUUCUACUUUUUUGACUAUAAGUCAUCGUUGGCGAUGUGGUUGGGCACAAGCUUCAUCACUACAAUAGUUGGUGCCAUAGUCAUCAUAUCUGGGGCAGCUUUGGAUUGCUUCAGUUGGGGGUUGCUGUAUCGAAUUUCGGAACUGUUUCAAAUUGUUGCGAUGAGAAUUCGCUGUUUGGAUGAAUUCAAAGAAACCGAAAAAUUUCACGUUGAACUAACAAAUCUAAUUGAUGUGCAGGAACUUGCCAACCGGAGUGCCAGGAAAAUGGAGAAUUUUCUUAGCGAAUUGGUGUUAUAUCUCUUUGGAGUUUGCAUUUGUGUGUUGUGUGCGAUUAUGUUGGUUCUGUCGAUGUCCAAUGUAGAUCACCAACUGCUGUUGAGCAUGGGUAUUGCGCUAUGGUACGUCUUGUUUCAACUAUUUUCCUACUCAAUGCUAGGAACAGCACUUAUAACUGCGAGCACUUCAGUGGCAGAAGCUAUUUAUGAAACCAAGUGGUACGAGCGAAUCAAUUCUGAGCAACGAAACAUCCUUUUUGUCUUAAUGAGAUCUCAGAAAAUGGUACCGCUAACUGUGGGAAAAUCUUUGACCGUGCAUCGAGCGACAUUUGGAGCGGUACUGAGAUCCGCAUUUUCGUAUUACUCAGUACUGAGACAGUUGUAUAAUGAAUAAAAUUAAAAAAUAACGUAAGCGUCAACUGAGCUGAAUUAAUCCACAUUAAAUGAAUAAGAACAGCUGCUCUGCCCAUCUUAGAAAAAAUGAAUAUUAUUAACUUUUGGCAAAAUCGAGAUUCUGCUUUCAGAUUGUAGAAGAUGGAACGCAUCUUCCGAAACUUGAUUUUCACUAAAAUAUUGUUCAGAUUUGGCUGCAAAUGCUAAACACCAAAGACUAAGAUCCCAUUCCCUUUUGAAAUUGGCAUGUAUUUAAGUAUAUUUUCAAACUUCAAAUUUAUUGCAGUUGAAAUUGAAAAAUAACUGUAAAAUGUGUUCCAUGAUUGAAACGUAUAACCAUGUUAAAUGUCGUUACUUACGAUUUUUCUAUUUAAUGAAAAAUAGAGUACCUUACAGUGAAGCCAUUAAAAAUUUUGAAGGAAAAUGUAUCGCUCCUCCAUAAUGUUUUGUAUUGAAUUCAAUUCAACAAAUUUUUGCAUCAUAAUGAAUGCUAAAAAAGUGCAAAAUUGGAAUAAUCUUUUUUUCUGAUUAGGCUAAUUUUUGUGGAGCUCUUGAUAACAUUAAAACAAACAAGAAUCAUCCUAAUCUUUUUCGUACCAGCCAAGGCUUAACAUUUUUUGCGAAAAUUGUUAAAACCCUCUACA